CUCUGUUAAAAGACAACCACAGAACUCAAAGCACAAAACUCAUUCAUUAAGAAUGAGAAGAAAGUCCAAACCUUUUUGCUCUCAAAAGCAACGGAAAGAUUUGAAAAAGUUUGUUUUUUUCCCUUAAUUCUUUCUUUUUUCUACAAAACCCAUACAAAAAUCUCACACCUUUUUCACUUCUCUUGUAGCUGUUACCACUUGUGUUUUCUUUUCCCUUUGGCAUUUUUCUCGGUUGUCAUUAAUGAGAGAGUAAAAUCAUUCAAGUGUAACUUCUCUCUCUUUCUUUCUUUCUCUGUCUGAAAGCUCUGGGAUUUGGAGAGAUCAUGGUUUAUGUUUGAUUUUGGGGAAAGUUAGGGUUUUUAUGGGUCUUACUUGGAUCUAAGAGGAGAAAUUUUGGUUUUUUGGAUAAUGGGGAGAGUAAAGUUUGAAGCUUUUGGUUUUGUUUACUUCAUCUCACUGCUUAAUCCAUUAUGGCUUGCUUCUUCUAACAUGGAAGGUGAUGCACUGCACAGUUUGAGAGCUAAUCUAGUUGAUCCAAAUAAUGUCUUGCAAAGCUGGGAUCCUACACUUGUUAACCCGUGUACUUGGUUUCAUGUAACGUGCAACAACGAUAACAGUGUUAUAAGAGUCGAUCUUGGGAAUGCAGACCUGUCUGGUCAAUUGGUUCCUCAGCUUGGCCAGCUCAAGAACUUGCAGUACUUGGAGCUUUAUAGUAAUAACAUAACCGGGCCUGUUCCAAGUGAUCUUGGGAAUCUGACAAACUUAGUGAGUUUGGAUCUUUACUUGAACAGCUUCACUGGUCCCAUUCCAGAUUCUCUAGGAAAGCUCUUCAAGCUGCGUUUUCUCCGGCUCAACAAUAACAGUCUCACCGGACCAAUUCCCUUGUCAUUGACUAAUAUCACGACCCUUCAAGUUUUGGAUCUGUCGAACAACCAAUUAUCCGGAUCUGUUCCUGAUAACGGUUCUUUCUCGCUCUUCACUCCCAUCAGUUUUGCUAACAACUUGGAUCUAUGCGGACCAGUUACUAGCCGUCCAUGCCCUGGAUCUCCCCCUUUUUCUCCUCCACCACCUUUUAUACCACCUCCCACAAUUCCUACACCAGGUGGAUAUAGUGCUACUGGAGCUAUUGCAGGAGGAGUUGCUGCUGGUGCUGCUUUGCUAUUUGCUGCCCCUGCUUUAGCUUUUGCUUGGUGGCGUAGAAGAAAACCUCAAGAAUUCUUCUUCGAUGUUCCAGCUGAAGAGGACCCCGAGGUUCACUUGGGGCAGCUUAAGCGAUUCUCUCUACGAGAACUUCAAGUAGCAACUGAUAGCUUCAGCAACAAGAACAUCUUGGGUCGAGGUGGGUUUGGAAAAGUCUACAAAGGCCGUCUUGCUGAUGGAACACUUGUGGCAGUCAAACGUCUUAAAGAAGAACGCACCCCAGGUGGUGAGCUCCAGUUUCAGACAGAAGUGGAGAUGAUAAGCAUGGCCGUUCACAGAAAUCUCCUCAGACUACGCGGCUUCUGUAUGACCCCUACCGAAAGAUUGCUUGUUUACCCUUACAUGGCUAAUGGAAGUGUUGCUUCCUGUUUGAGAGAACGUCCACCGUCGCAGUUGCCACUAGCCUGGCCAAUAAGACAGCAAAUCGCACUAGGAUCAGCGAGGGGUUUGUCUUAUCUUCAUGAUCAUUGCGACCCCAAAAUUAUUCACCGUGAUGUGAAAGCUGCUAAUAUUCUGUUGGACGAGGAUUUUGAGGCGGUGGUAGGAGAUUUCGGGUUGGCUAGACUUAUGGAUUAUAAAGAUACACAUGUCACAACGGCUGUGCGUGGGACUAUUGGACACAUUGCUCCUGAGUAUCUCUCAACUGGAAAAUCAUCAGAGAAAACCGAUGUUUUUGGCUACGGAAUCAUGCUUUUGGAACUGAUUACAGGGCAGAGAGCUUUUGAUCUUGCAAGACUGGCGAAUGACGAUGACGUUAUGCUCCUAGAUUGGGUGAAAGGGCUUUUAAAGGAGAAGAAACUUGAGAUGCUUGUGGAUCCUGAUCUGCAGAGAAAUUACACAGAAGCAGAAGUAGAACAGCUCAUACAAGUGGCUCUUCUCUGCACACAGAGCUCACCUAUGGAACGUCCUAAGAUGUCUGAUGUUGUCCGAAUGCUUGAAGGUGACGGUUUGGCUGAGAAAUGGGACGAGUGGCAAAAAGUAGAAGUUCUCAGGCAAGAAGUGGAGCUGUCUUCUCAUCCCACAUCUGACUGGAUUCUUGAUUCUACAGAUAAUCUUCAUGCUGUUGAGUUGUCUGGUCCGAGAUAAGAGACAUUGUAAUUUGUCUAACAAAAACGAUAAAGAAUAGAGAAAAAUUAAGAAAAUUACUUCUUUGUAUUGAUUGAUUGAAGAAAAAAUGUGUAGUCUCAA